AUGGGCAGUGCUAAGGAGACCAAGGCUUUGCAAUUGCUGAAGCAAGAAGCUGUUCCAGAAGAUGCUCACCAGCCCACCAGCAGCUCACCUUGUGAUCGGAGAAAAAACAGCUGCCUCCAAAACGCCAGCUGUGCAAGUGGUGAUUUCACCAUGAGGAAUUGCUGUGUAAAUGAACUCAGCACCAAAGACAGCAGCCAAAAAGUCACCAUGGUUGAUAACCCAAACCAGAAAGAGAAGGUUCCAGCUGUAGAUCCAAAGUCUUCUGCAGAUCUACUUGCUGCCACUGAGCCUCCUGUUCUGAAAAACACAAGUGUUGGAGGAACUCCCUCAGAAGCAAAAGGAGAAACAGCUGCUUGUCAUGACUGGAAGCAGAACAGUAAGCAGGAUGUGAGCAUGAAGGAGAUCCCGGGUAGCUCAGUGACUGUCUGCAGCCAUCUGGAAAGAAAAGCUAGCCCUGUUGCUGGAGAAGCAUGUAGGCAUCUCCCAACAGAGCCCUGCCUCAAAGGACCUAAUAAAGACUCAUCCAGUACACCAACCUCCCUGAAACAUGUUGCAUUUCUUGAACCCAUCAAAAGUAAAGCUGAGGAAGAAAGUAUCCAAACAAAAACAGUUCAUUCCGAGAUGACUCCAGCACUUCCUGCAUGUCUGCAAAACACAAGUCAAGGGCAGCCUCUUGCCUCUAAAGGAGAUAAAUCACACAUCAGCAGUGACAUUUGUGAAGCUGUGGAAUUUGGGAAUGAAGGUUCCAAAAGUCUCUUUGCAUCAGAAGCUAUGAAGCAGUCUAUUCUGGAACUCUCUGAAGCUGAAACCACAUCAGGGAAGUUAGACAAGCCAGUUACGACAAGCUAUCAGUUGGGUCAUAGUGAGGAAACAAGGUUCCCUGUUGCAGAAGCUCACCCACCUGGGGACUCCUGUAAAGUGCCAGAUGUACUUGUCACCAGCAUUUCUUAUGAAGUCAAACAUCAAGGCACAUCAGGUGAGUUAGAAUCAAGCCCAAGUGAAUCCAUGGAAGAGAAAACAGGGCUCAGGGAAGCAACAUCCUCCAACUGCAAGAGUCAAGACCAAGCUCAUGGAAAAAAAGUGGAAAUGAUCAGCAUAGCUACAAGUGAAGACCAUACAACCAAUGGGGAGAUGGCAUCUGUAGAACUUCUUGCCCAGACCUGUGUAUUUGAAGUCACGCCUCCCCAGCAUGAUGCUGGAACUCAAGUUGACAAUCGUGUAUCUUUGGUGUCUGUAGCCAUCAGCCCUAUCAAUCCACCUGACGGCUCCACAGCUUUCACAUUUCACACGAGAGGUUUAGGGACAUCCUCUCUGAAGAGUCCUGGCCCAGAGGAGAAACCCACGAAAAGGGAUGUGGAAAUGCAAGUGUCCAUCCCAGUGGAGACCAGAUCAGUGGCCACAGGACCUAUGACUCCAGUAACCAAAUCCCCUCAAUCAUCCUAUCCUGAAGUGCACAUUAAGGGGGCACAGGAAGAGACAUCAGAGCCAAUACGGGAGGUCAGCUGGGAUGAAAAGGGGAUGACAUGGGAAGUAUAUGGAGCGUCCAUGGAGGUAGAAGUGUUGGGAAUGGCAAUCCAGAAACAUCUGGAGAAGCAGAUUGAAGAGCAUGGUCGGCAGAUGGUGAUGACUCCUCAAAGUACCCGUUCCAGUUCUGUCAAGGCUGCCCCACGCAAGGGUGAGAUCAAGAGGCAGCCUAGUGUGUUCAGGGCACUCCUACAGAAUGUACGACGGCCCCGCUGCUGCUCUCGUGGAGGCCCAGCUGUGGAGUGA